AUGGCCAAGUCAUCUGCUGCUGCUGUGAAAUCCUCGAAGAAGGCCGCCGCGUCCUCGAAGAAGGCUGCCGCUUCGUCGUCGAGCGACUCGAGCUCGUCGAGUUCUUCCAGUUCCUCUGAGUCUAGUUCCUCUGACUCCAGCUCUUCCGAGUCCAGCUCAGACGAGGAGGUCGAGGAGACCAAGGCUGCUGAGUCUGGUUCCGACUCCGACUCGUCCUCUGACGAGAGCGAGAGUGACAGUGACGACAAGAAGAAGCCUGCUGCUAAGAAGGAUUCGUCCGACUCUGAAUCCGACUCUGACUCUGAGUCUGGAUCCGACUCAGACUCUGACUCCGCAUCCGCUUCUUCUUCGUCUUCUGACUCUAACGACCAGGAACGUAAAGCCUCUGACGAUGAAGAGGAGGAAGCCGAGGUCGAGACCAAGAAGUCCAAAACCCAGGAACCUGCUACGUUGUUCGUUGGCCGUCUGUCCUGGUCCGUUGACGACGAGUGGUUGAAGAACGAGUUCGCCCCAAUUGGCGGUGUCGUCAGUGCGCGUGUCAUCAUGGAGCGUGGUACAGACCGUUCUCGGGGGUACGGGUACGUCGACUUCGAGGACAUCUCGUACGCUGAGAAGGCUCUAAAGGAGAUGCAAGGUAAAGAGAUCGAUGGGAGACCUAUCAACGUCGACAUGUCGACCUCGAAACCUGCCGGUGGUGCCAGCAACGACCGUGCCAAGAAAUUCGGCGACGUCCCCUCAGAACCAUCAGACACGCUUUUCUUGGGUAACUUGUCCUUCGACGCGGACAGGGACAACCUGUACGAGAUCUUCGGCAAGUUCGGUGAGAUCAUCUCCGUCAGAAUCCCAACGCACCCAGAGACGGAGCAGCCAAAGGGGUUCGGGUACGUUCAGUACACGAACACCGAGGACGCCAAGAAAGCCCUUGACGCGCUUCAAGGUGAGAGCAUCAACGACAGACCCGUCAGACUAGACUUCUCCACACCAAGACCUCAGAACGACCGUGGUGGGUUCCGCGGUGGUAACCGUGGUGGUAACGGCGGUGGGUUCCGCGGCGGUAACCGCGGUGGUAACCGUGGUGGUAGCUUCCGCGGCGGUAGCGACCGUGGCGGGUUCAGAUCCGGCUCUGGCGCCAACAACUCUCCAUUGGGCAAAGCCAGAAGCUCUGCACCAUUCCAGGGUCAGAAGAAGACCUUCGACUGA